UUCUUUCUUCUACGAUCUCAAACCAGAUCUCGAGGAAUCGGCCAUGCCCGGUGAUGGAGAAACCAUUGGAGCGUCAGAUUACGGAAGUGUCGAUGAAGAAGCCGAAGAGGAUAGAAAGGAAUCUAUUUUAGCAUCAACACCUUCUCUUCAACCCAAUUUCAAGCGAUCCAGUGUUACCCACCAACAAAUUUUGAAAUUACAGGAGCUGCACAAGAGGCGUAUGCAGAUAAAGGCGAAGUCGAAGAUCCAGAAGAAGGGAAAAGACGGUAAGAGACCCGGGUUCAAGAAUCUUGAAGGUAGAGCACCUGAAGAUAGUGAUAGUGAUAUCUGUAUGAAACCGGAAUACUCAAGUUCUAUUACAGUCGAAAAAAGCGAUAAGAACGGAGGAUCCUCCUCUGGUGUAGACAACAAAACUGGGUAUCGGCCACCAAAGAAGCUACAUUGGGGACUUGAACCGAAGGAACGGUGGGAGAGAAAAGCCAACAUGUAGAGAGAUUGACACACUAAACAAUCGAGGACCAAAGCAAUCAAAACAGUUUCAAGCAAUGCCUAUGAUUGUGUUUCAGAUGUCCGACGGAAAGAUCGCCGGAGAAGAUGAACUCGACAGUAGAGAGAGAACAGUUAUAGAGAGAGAAAGCUUAGAGAGAGAAAAUGAUUUGUAUUCAAUCGUUAAUUCUGUUUGUACAGUUUACUGGAGCUUAAAUACUCUGUUUGAAAUAUAAACCCUCUACUUCUAUCACAGGCUUAUAUGUACAUAUGUUAUAUACACUGAUAUUGUGAUCAUAUGUUCAUGGAAAAGUCUUAGAAUUGA